AUGGAGAUGGAAAUGGACAUUCCGGUGGCAGAAGAACUCGAAUGGCUAGAAGCUGAGUCGCAUCUACACGACGAUUAUCUCGAAGAAGAUCUCGAAGAACCACCUACAAUACCUGAAGAAGAAGCAUCUUACAUCGAAGAAGUAUACGAAGAUCUCCAAGCCGAACCCCUCAUCAAACCCACUAUACCGGUCCCGGAGGAUCAUAGAAUCGGUUCUGAAACACAGAAACCCAAGAAGAGGUUCCGUCCAUCAAGCCCUAAUUUGCUUGACACUAACAAUGUUGACGAUCCGGUGGAAGAUAAGCGGUGCAAAAUUGAUGCUUCCAAUGCAAUCGAAGAUGAUGAUGACUGGCUUCGGUACUCGCCGCCGCUUCAGGAAGAAGCCGCCGUCAUUGUUGAGGAGGAGAAGGAGAAGGAGAAGGAGAGGUUUAUCUCGCGAUAUGCAACUGAUAUUGAAGGAGAUUUCAUGCCUGUGACAGCGCCGGAUGGCGAUAGGGUUUAUGCUAAGUUGAUUAAGGAAGAGAAAGACGAUAAGCUGAAAAAGUUGGACGUGAAAGCGCCUUCCAAAGGUCUCAUGCCGGAACCUAUAAAUGUACUAAUGCAGAGGGUGGAACAAGAUGCUCUGCAAAAGGCUUUGCAAGCUAGCGUCUCUAGUCAGAGUGAUGCAAAUCUUCUCGGAACGCCAGUGGUGAAUGAACGACUCUGGGUGGAUAAAUAUUCUCCAAAUUCGUUCAUGGAGCUUCUUAGUGAUGAGCACACCAAUAGAGAGGUCCUUUUGUGGUUGAAACAAUGGGAUUCUUCUGUUUUUGGGUCUGAACUCAAGAGUACAACAGAGGACGUUUUGUCUGCCUUAAAAAGACAUUCCUCUGUUUCUCAAACAAAAAAAGUUCAUUUCAGGAAUUCUUUUGGGAGGAACAAGGAAUUUACAUCUAACCGUGAAACUUUAAGAGAACACAAUCACCUCGAUAAAGAAACCUAUGAUAAUCAUGGCAUUCAGGAACUUUCUAACAAGAAGAGCAAUGGUUCUGGCUCACUGGAACAGAAGAUCCUUCUACUAUGUGGUGCACCAGGGCUUGGGAAAACAACACUUGCACAUGUGGCAGCCCGGCACUGUGGAUACCGUGUGGUGGAGAUUAAUGCCAGUGAUGACCGGUCAUCCUCGACGAUUGAAACCAAAAUUCUUGAUGUCGUUCAGAUGAACUCUGUCAUGGCUGAUUCAAGGCCGAAGUGUUUGGUAAUUGAUGAAAUUGAUGGAGCUCUUGGUGAUGGGAAAGGGGCAGUGGAUGUAAUUCUAAAGAUGGUUUCUGCUGAUAAGAGGUCUGGCGCCGGGACAGAAAAUAUUGUUCAAGCAGAAUCAUCAGGAAAGACAUCCUCAAAGAAGAAAAGGAAGGAUACGCCACUUCUAAGACCUGUAAUUUGCAUUUGUAAUGACCUAUAUGCACCAGCCUUGAGACCGUUGCGUCAAGUGGCAAAGGUUCAUGUAUUUGUUCAGCCAACAGUAAAUCGCAUUGUGAGCAGGCUUAAAUAUAUAUGCAACAAGGAAGGAAUGAGGACAAGUUCUGUUGCACUUACUGCACUGGCUGAAUAUACCGAAUGUGACAUACGCUCAUGCUUGAAUACGCUUCAGUUCCUCAACAAAAAGAAGGAAGUCCUCAAUGUGUUGGACAUCAGUUCUCAAGUGAUUGGUAGGAAGGAUUCAUCAAGAAGUGUUUUUGACAUAUGGAAGGAGGUUUUUCAAAAGAGAAGACUGAAGGGGGUAAGGAAGUCCAUUGAUGGCUGCAGAAGCAAGUUUAAUGAGUUUGAAUCUCUGCACUCUUUGAUCUCUAACGGUGGCAACUAUGAUUUAAUAUUAGAUGGGAUCCACGAGAACAUCUUGCAACUAAAUUAUCAUGAUCCAGUGAUGAGAAAAACUGUGAAGUGCUUGCACAGUCUUGAGAUUUCUGAUAUUCUUCAUCAAUAUGUUAUGCGUACACAAAAAAUGUCCCUUCAAGUUUAUCAGCCUGCCAUUGCAAUUGCUAUACAUGGUCUGGUAUCUCAAGUUGAAAAGCCUAAUAUUCAGUGGCCAAAAGCUUUUCAUAGAUACAGAACGACACUCAUUGACAAAGUGGAGUUAUUGCACUCGUGGCACAACAAAAUAUCACCAUGUAUCUCAAGACACAUAUCUACUAAAUCGUUCGUGGAGGACUUGGUUACCCCAUUAUUGCAUAUCUUUUCACCACGAACUUUAAGGCCGGUAGCUUUGCAUUUAUUAUCAGAAAAAGAGAAGAAUGAAAUGUCUCAACUGGUGAAGACCAUGGUGUCCUAUUCCAUAACAUACACGAAGAAAAAAAUUGAUCCCUUACCUGGUAAACUGAAGAAUGAAGUCGCUAUGGAUGCUUCGAUUCUCUCAUUUGAUCCCCCAAUUGGUGACUUCAUAAACUUUGAGGGAUACAGUUAUAAUUAUUUCGUUCUUGCGUCAGCUGUGAAGCAGCUUCUAUGUCAUGAGAUCGAAAAGCAAAAAAUACUACAACAUAGCAUCAACAAAUCAUCGCAGAGAACUGAUGUGUGUGAUGUGAAAAGAGAACAUCUUGCAGGGAAGGAAAUUGUCAAAGAGAAACGUAGUGAACCUGAUCGUGCACUAGAAAAUGCCAAGAGUACCAGCAACUUAAAGAACCCAUCUGGUCCCAAGCAGUGCGAAAUACGUACUCCUAAUACAACGGUCUCAGUUUUAGCAUCUGGUGGAAGUGCCACAUCCAGUGAGAUACCGAAAUCCACUGAAACUACAAAGAAACGACCAAGCGGCUCCUUCAACUUCUUUGAAAGGUUUAGAAAAGUGAGCGUCAAUGGUUCUCAAUUGAACGAAAGUGUGAAAAAAGUUCCAGCAACAUCGGAGAGAGAUUUACGUCCGGUGCUAUUCAAGUUUAAUGAGGGAUUUACGAAUGCAGUUAAAAGGCCAGUUCGCAUGCACGAAUUCUUUUUGUGACAUAAGUUUUUCAGCUUUUGUUUUCAACACAUUGAAAUUAUAUAGAAAUCCAUUUGUUUCAUUGUUGUCUGUGUGGUUAACUUCUAAAAAACGACGUCGUCUAGC